AUGGCAAACAACAUUGAGACGAGCUUUCAAGCCGCAAAGGAUUCUGGGAAGAUCAACGGAGCUGUCAUCUGUGCCACUAAUUCUAAUGGCGAUUUCGUGUAUAACAAAGCGAUCGGAGAGCGCACUCUACUGUCGGGAGAGAAGAGACCACAGCGGCUAGAUGACGUUUUAUUCUUGGCUUCCGCUACGAAGCUGGUUACUUCCAUUGCUGCCCUCCAGUGCGUUGAAGACGGCCUGCUCACCCUGGACGGCGACCUUUCCUCCAUCGCACCAGAGCUCAGCAUCAAAGAAGUGAUCAAAGGAUUUGCUGAGGAUGACAAAACACCAAUUCUAGAACCAGCAAAGCGCCCUAUUACGCUUAAAAUGCUGCUUACUCACAGCGCUGGCACUGCAUACGAUUUCUUGGCUCCUCUCGUGGGAAAAUGGCGUCAGCAAUUUUCCCCUCGAACAAUUGAUCAGCGGAAAUCAGUGGAAGAGUUGUUGAUCUAUCCUCUGUCUCAUCAACCUGGUGCGGGGUGGACUUACGGCCAUGGACCAGACUGGGCAGGGCGUAUUGUUGAGCGAGUUACGGGAUACACCCUAGGCGACUAUGUGUUGCGGCGCAUCUUGGCUCCUCUUGGCUCCAAAGAUGCCCAGUUCUACCCUGUUACACGCGAGAACUUGCGCGUCCGGCUCGUUGAUCUCAAUCCCGAUGAUCCGAAUGGCCAGGGGCGUGCUGUCCUCGGCGAGCAGGGCGAUUUGAAUCUAUAUGGAAAAGGAGACUUUGGUGGUCACGGCUUGUUUAUGCCCGGCAGUGAUUAUGUUAAGAUUUUGCACUCGCUCCUGGCCAACGAUGGCAAGUUGCUCAAGACCGAUAGCGUUGAGGACAUGUUCAAAGACCAUCUUACACCAGAGUCCACUGAAGGGCAUCAAGCUGUGUUGGCUGGUCCAUGGGGCGCUCUCUUUCGGAUGGGUGUUAAUCCAGAUGCCAAGAUAAGCUACGGACUCGGUGGCCUAUUAACUCUAGAAGACAUUGAUGGCUUUUACGGCUCAAAUACACUUAGUUGGGGUGGUGGAGCGACGUUGAUUUGGUUUAUUGAUCGGAAAAAUGAUCUCUGCGGGAUUGCCGCAAUACAAGCCAGACUGCCUCUAGAUAUACCUGCGAUAACGGAACUGAAGCAGGUUUUUCAGAAAGACAUAUAUCGCAAGUAUUCUGCAUGGAAGGAGCAGUCAAAGGAAUAG